UUAUUGAUCUCGAAGAAUUCCAUCUUGAACAGCCGAAAGGUCUCGGCAUAAUGUGAUGUUGUCGCGUAUAGCGUGCUAUGGUUGUUUCAGUCGGCCAGUUUCAUCUUUACAUCGCCAAGUGCAUAGUAUUAUAAUCAAUGGAGUAGGAACCUCAACUACAUCAUCCGUCAUGGCAAGCCUUUUCCAGAAGAAUUUUGAUGCCGAGAAAGACUACCCAAACUUUACAGGACACAAAUCUCUGUUGUCUACACAUCUAACAAAGGAAUUGUACACUAAGCUUCGUGAUGUACAAACUGAGAGUGGAUUCACCAUUGAUAGAGCCAUCCAAAAUGGAGUCGACAAUGCUGAUUUCCACUUGGGAGUUCUAGCUGGUGAUGAGCAAACAUACACAGUGUACAAGGAGCUUUUCGACCCCAUCAUCCAAGACUACCACAAUGGAUUCAAACCCUCAGAUAACCACGUCAAGGAUUUGGACCCAGCAAAGCUUGAGGGAGGCCAGCUGGAUGAGAAAUACGUCAUCAGUUCUCGCAUCAGGACUGGACGUAAUGUCCGAGGCUACGCACUUUCACCCUUUGUUUGCCGUGCUGAGAGACGGCAGGUUGAAAACAUUGCUGAACAAGCUCUUGCUAAGCUUGAUGGAGAGCUAUCAGGCAAAUACUAUUCCCUGCAGACACUGGGUGAAGCUGACAAACAACAACUGAUUGAUGAUCACUUCUUGUUUGAGAGACCAAUCUCCCGCCAUUUCACAAGCGGUGGUAUGGCUCGUGACUUCCCUGAUGGCCGUGGCAUCUGGCAUACCAAUGACAAGCGUUUCUUGGUGUGGGUGAAUGAGGAGGAUCAUCUUCGCAUCAUCUCCAUGAGACAAGGAGGAGACAUGAAGGCUGUCUUUGAGCUCUUCUGUGAGGGACUUAGCAAGUUUGAGGGUCAAAUGGGCAACCUCGCUGAGCCCAGAGAGUUCAUGAGGAAUGACCAUCUUGGUUUCAUUCUGACCUGUCCAUCCAACUUGGGUACCGGUGUCCGAUGCAGCGUCCACGCUCGCUUCCCACUUCUUGCCAGCGAUAAACGCUACGACCUGGACAAGAUAUGCCUUGCUCUUAGAUUGCAGAAGCGUGGAACAAGCGGUGAAUUCACCGAAGCCGUUGGCGGAGUUUACGAUAUCUCCAACUUGGAUCGUCUUGGCACCACUGAGGUUCAACAAGUCCAGUGUGUGAUCACCGGUAUCAACCUCCUCGUCAAGAUGGAGAAAUGUCUGGAGAAGGGGGAGCCAAUUGAUGAACUCCUACCCAUGGGUAUGACAGCUGAAGAAAACACCAACACCAACAACAGCAGCCGAGCAAAGAGCGGUCAAAAAAAAACAGGAGUCUGCGUAGCACUGUGAUCCAAAUUUAAAUACACUAUCCUUAAUGACACAGACUGGUAGAGGGCAUGAGACUCAUAAACGCUAAGCAGCCAGGAUGCUGCUUAGCGCAAAUGGCUAGACUAUAUAUUUGAUAAUAUCUAAUGCUUAGUAACUUUAUCCACACACUUUGUUUUGGAUGAGACGUUGCAGCAUGACCUUUCCCAGUCUGUGAUGUCCAUUCUGCUUCCACUGUUAGAUUAUUAUGACCUGGCUUAAAACUAAGUUUGACCCGAGUUUGACCUUAAUUUUCGUUCAAGAAAACAACUACAAACUAUUUUUAAGACAAUUCAAGCUCAGAUUUGAACUAUGUCUCUUAAGUCGGGUUAUAAUACUGACCCACCUCAUUGGAUUUUUAUACUUUUUGACAAUACAGCAAAGACAAGAAAAUAUCCCCAACUUUCUUUAAGAAGUUUCGUUGUAUAUAAUAUUGCUAUCAGUUUUUAUUUUUUAUUACAGAGUGACCCUUUAUACGAACUCGUUUGUGUGAAUAUUAAUACUUUAAUAUAUACUUUUCUCAUUUGUUGCUUUCUGAUAAGGGUCAAACCGAAAACAAAAUUUGUUGAUUUUGUUCCAAUUUAAAAAAUAACAAUACAGCUGAAAAAUUGUAUAGGUUAAAAUGAUAAAAGGUGAAAUUGUAACCCAGAUUAUGGAAUCUGAACUGUAAGCAAUAUGGUUUUCCUCUAUCUUAAAGUGUGUCUAAAAUAAAGCAAAUUUGAGUUCCAGUGCUAUGCAAAAAAAAGAUCUUCAACUAGAUUAGAAUAUUCAUGAAUAUUUAUGAGUUAAUGAUCACAAACUAAAAAACUGACAAAGACUAAGGCUGUUGCUUUGUUUGGCUGUAAUUGGUAUGCUUAAUUCAUGGGAUGAUGAUAAUUUGGGGUUAUUUCAGUUAGCUCUAGAAGUGUGUACAAAUUGUGUGUUGUCCUUGAUAUAAAUUAUAGAUGGUCAGUAUUUGCUGUGUGUUCCAUCAUUUUACCAUCUCGGGGUUAUGAAGUUUUGUCAUUAAACAUGGCAAGUAAUUGCAGACUCUCUAUUCGUUAUGUAGACUUAAAACCACACAAUGUCCAUGAGUUGUUUUAAUUAAGUUGUCAUUGAGAAGGAAUGUUUUUUGAAUGGAUAGAAACCUGGAGAAUUUGCCAUUCUCAAACAGGAUGAAAUAAUUUCUGAUACAAAUCUUUUCUAACUCACAUAAAGCUGCCGUUUGGUAACCAAAAGAAGAUGAUGUCCUUCAUGCCAUAAACAAGUACAUUCCUGUAAUUAUACAUGUGUCCCAAGCUGAUAGACCAUUGUACAAAUAGGAUAACCCAUGGCUCAACAUAAACCAUUAGGCUUUGGUUUCGAAAAACUUUAAUUAAUUUAUCCCGAUAUAUGCCGACUAGUUGUACUGAUAACUUAAAAAUCAUGGUUCACGUGAUCUUUAAGUAAAAUAUACACAGAUUCGUCUGUAAUGCAUCUAUCUUACGGUUGGAUACAUACAUGACGUACAUUUGUUAACUAGAAUUCCUCUUGCAAUGUAAGCAUGUGUGAUUAUAAUAAAGUAAGCAACGUUAAACAAAA